ACAUGUUCCAGCUUUGGUUUAUUUGUUGUUGUCUGAAACUUCGCUUCCUGUCCAUUUCUCUAAAUACGUACCAGAAAAUCAAGAUCCAUACCCACCUUUGAUUUUCUUUCUUUUUGGGUUUUAUCUCUUUCAUCCUCCAAAAGGCUUCCAUCAAAGCUUGGCCACACAGAUUGUUCAAGUUUAGAAUUCUAUAUAUCACUAUGUAUUUUCUCAUGCAAAUCCUUUCUUUCAUUGUAACAAUUUAAAAUUCUUGAUUGAUUUUGCUUGCCACCCUCAUGAGGAUUCCUUUAGUUAUUGAGAGGUAGAGGUAGAGGGAGAGAGAGAGAGAGAGAGAGAGAGAGAGAGAGAGAGAGAGAUUUCAGUCUUUCAAGAAAGACGUAUUGGCAUUUUCCUCCAUCAAAAUCGUAUUCUCUUGUCAAUUUUCCAAGUCUCUCUCUUUCUUUUACAAUUAUAUUUGUUUUUUCUUAUUUUUUCUUUUUUGCUUUUGGGUUUUGGUUUCAUUAAUUAUUAAAUGGUUGCCGAGAGGUACCACUUCUCACGUGCGGUUGUGGAAAUGGCUUGGAUCAUGCUUAGGAUUGACUACUCAAGACUCUUUUGGCUCCUCUUUGGUGUCUUCUCUUAUGAAAAUCAUGAGGGAAAGCCUCGGAUUUAGAGCUUGAUCUUCAUCUCUUUUCAACUCAUAUAGUCAUACAUAAUUACACAUACAUAUAAAUCUUCUCUUUCAUUUUUAUUUUAAUUUUUUACUUUUAAACUCUUACCCAUCAGCCAGCACAGGAAGUAAAGUUCAAAAAUCUCGCAAGGAUUUUCCAAACUGAAGCUUUUCAGACAACUCUUAGCAGAACCAGCAAGUUGUCCCAUCUAAAGAACAUGUACAGAAAUCAAGUUGGAUUGCCGGAAACGGACGCCGACCAUGGCUAUGUUGAAACCGAACCUACUGGCCGGUACGGUCGGUUUGAAGAAGUUCUUGGAAAAGGAGCAAUGAAAACAGUCUACAAGGCAAUUGAUGAAAUGCUAGGAAUAGAGGUAGCAUGGAACCAAGUAAAACUCAAUGAGUUGCUUCGUUCACCCGAGAACUUGCAGAGACUAUACUCAGAGGUUCACCUCCUCAGCACCCUCAACCAUGAUUCUAUCAUCAAAUUCUACACCUCUUGGAUUGAUGUUCAUCGAAAGACCUUCAACUUCAUCACUGAAAUGUUUACUUCAGGAACUCUAAGGGAAUACCGUAAAAAAUAUAAGCGAGUAAACAUUCGAGCCAUUAAGAACUGGGCUCGUCAAAUCUUACAAGGACUUGUUUAUCUACAUAGCCAUGAUCCUCCAGUAAUUCAUAGAGACCUGAAGUGUGAUAACAUCUUUAUCAACGGUCAUCUUGGACAGGUCAAGAUUGGUGAUCUAGGCCUUGCAGCAAUCCUCCGAGGUUCUCAAUCAGCACAUAGUGUCAUAGGCACCCCAGAAUUCAUGGCACCAGAAUUAUAUGAAGAGGAUUACAAUGAGCUCGUUGAUGUAUACUCAUUUGGCAUGUGUGUUUUAGAGAUGCUCACAUCUGAAUACCCUUAUAGUGAAUGCAUUAACCCGGCACAAAUUUACAAGAAAGUCACUUCGGGGAAGCUUCCUGCUGCGUUCUAUCAGAUUCAGGACUUGGAAGCUCAGCAAUUCAUUGGAAAAUGCUUAGCAGCUGCAUCAAAGAGGUUAUCAGCAAAAGAGCUGCUGCUAGAUCCAUUUCUUGCAUCUGAUGAAGCUGAACCAUCACCUGUUACAAGGUCUAGAGAUCAGAAACCAUUUUUGAAUUGUAGGGAAAUGGAGAAGCUACAAUUGAGCAGUGAUCCAACAAGGACGGACAUGACUAUCACAGGGAAGCUCAACCCUGAAGAUGAUACCAUCUUUCUUAAAGUACAAAUCGCUAAUAAAGAUGGUUCUCUAAGGAAUAUAUAUUUUCCCUUCGACAUUUUACAUGAUACGCCACCGGAUGUUGCAAUGGAGAUGGUCAAGGAACUGGACAUAGAUGAUUGGGAGCCAUUUGAAAUUGCUGAAAUGAUUGAUGGGGAGAUUUCAUCUCUAGUGCCAAACUGGAAGAAAUGGGAUUUGCCUCGAAUUGAAGCUUGUCAUACAUUCAACUAUAAAGAAGAUGAUGGGGCUAAUCAUCCUUUUGACUCUUCCUCCUCUUGUACAUCAUCUCAAGCUUCCAUAUCAGGAUUAAUUACACAUUUUCUUCAAGAUGAUUUCUUAGAUGAUACCAGUUCUCAGAGCUCUUCACACUCAGGAUCAUAUUCCAAUGUGAAUUACAUUUCUGGUGAUGAUCACAAGUUCGAUAUGCCCACAACGAAAAGAGAUCAGAAACCUCCAAUGAGGACUCAGAACUCAACAAGAUUUUGUCCUCAAGACAAUUCAAGUUCUUACAUUGGCCAGGCAAUUGCUAAAGAUGCCUACAAACACUGCAAGCUUUUGUUGGAGUCACAGCAUGGAGCUUCUAGCUCUAAAAACAAAAGGGUGGUGGACAACCGUAGAUUAACAAGGAACCGUUCACUCGUAGAUAUUCGUAGCCAGUUACUUCACCGGUCAUUGGUGGAAGAAGUGAACAAGAGAAGAUUGUUCAAGACUGCAGGAUCUGUCGAAAAUGUCGGUUUCCAGGCACCCCCAGAGGAUUCUAAAAGGAUGGCACAGAGGAAUUCGUGCAGAAGAAAAUAAGAAUGAGCUCUUGUGGAUAACAGAAGUGAAUAGAAGAAGUAAAUGUAAAUGAUCAUGAUGACUUGUCCCCGAAAACGACGUAAAAGGAGAAUGAUCAAACUACAAGCUGUGGAUAUUUUUGAAAAUGAAUGGGAAUGGAAGGCCAUAUCAUGUAUUAUCAAGAAUACAAUUAGGAGACAGGUAGAGUUUCAUGCUAUCCAAUGUAGAUAUGCAUUUAUUUUGUGAGGUGUGCUAUGUAAAGAGUAGAAAUCUCUUUAGAAUAGUAAUGAUUUUGUCAAUAAUUUAAAAAAAUAAAGGAUUGAACUUUGAAUCCUGUCACCAUUUUGGGGGUGAAAUUGUAUGACAGUUGAUAAGCAUAUUCAUCUCCAUAAUGAAUCGUGCUAGUUUAUGUUUUA